CUUCGACUGGCUGAGAAUACGGAUAUAGGGCAGUAUGGGCAACGCUCAAGGACACACACCCGUCUCUCGGAGACAUGGGUGGGAAAAGCUGUCUGCAGAUGAGGCCAAGGACACGGCACGGAGCCACGGACGGCGGUCGAGCAGGGACAAGGGCGAGGGCAAGGCGAGCAAGGCGAGCAAGGCGGGCAAGCGGUCGCAGUCAAGCUCGGGAUCAGACUCGGGGUCCGACUCGAGGUCGGACUCGGGGUCAGACUCGGGGUCAGACUCGGACUACGAGUCCGGCACCGAUUACGAGUCCGGCUACGAGGACUCGGGCCUGUCGUUUGGGUCCGGAUCGGGCUCUAGGAGCGAGGCAAGCAGCCGAGAGGAGCCCGAGCUGAGCGAGGGCGAGCUGCGGGGAAUGCGGGCAGUGUUCGAUGCCGCAGAUCGCAAUGGAAACGGAAUCCUGGAGGGCGCCGAGGUCCGUGCGCUGCUGACGGCAAUGGGCGGAGCGUCAUCUGCGGCAGACGCACAGGCGUUGCUGGAGACGGUGGGCAAGAGCAAGGACGAUGCCAUUUCAUUUGACGACUUUGUGGCGAUGCACCAUGCGGCGCAGCGGAUGCAGCUCCGCGAGCUCCGCGAUGCAUACGCGGUGUUUGACGCCGACGGCGACGGCAGCGUGUCUGUGGAGGAGCUCGAGGCGGUGCUCAACAAGAUUGGGCUCGAGGUGGAGGACAAGGCGGCGAUGCUUGCGGUGGCAGAUGUCAAUCACGACGGCGGCAUCACUUUUCCCGAGUUUUGCACCAUCAUGGGCUACACCGGACCCAUGUACGAACUCUCGGACGAGGAGGCCUCUGACAGCGGCGCCUCGACGCACAACCUGUUUCUCUUGCUCAAGCAGCGGGUGGACGGCCACUCGAGCAGCGAGUCGGAUUCGGACUCGGACUCGGACUCGGACUCGAGCGAGUCCGAGUCCGAGACUUGCACGGACUCGUCGGGCGGGUCGAGCAGCAGAUCCGCGGGCAGCAGCUACUCGUACAGCAGCCGGUCGUCGGUGCCUGACGGGUGCAUCCGCGUCACGGUCGACGCGUUUUAUCUCGACGAGUACUACGAGGUGACGGUCAAGGCGAACGCAACGAUGAAGGCGUUCAGCACGGCGGUGGCCGAGAUGGCCAAGCACCCAUCAGGCUCGCUCCUCCGCUUCUACUACGACGGCUUCCACGUUCCGCGCUCGUCGAAGCGUCUCAGUAGCAUCGGAAUCGACGGCAGCCGCCCGGUUUUUGUCCUCUUCCUCCACGACCACAACCGGCUGAUGCACGGCAAAGCAUUUGACGCCGACGGGCGGCCGCGGCUCCGCAACAUCUACACCCACUUUCUGCGGGAGGGCAAGCUCCGCAAGGCCGACGCGCUGACGAUUGUGCGGCAGGCACGGGCGAUUCUCAAGUCGGAGCCAAACUUGCUGGUGCUCAAAGAGCCGGUGGCCAUCAUGGGCGACAUCCACGGGCAGUACUUUGACCUGCAGGAGAUGUUCAAGAUCUCGGGCUUUCCUGGCACUUCAAAGCGGCAGCACCUAUACCUCGGCGACUAUGUUGACCGCGGGUACUUUUCGGCCGAGGUGGCGCUUCUGCUGCUGGCGGCCAAGGUCCGGUACCCAUCGCGGGUCUGGCUCCUCCGCGGUAACCACGAGUCGCGCAAGACGACACGCAAGUACGGAUCGAUGGCGGAAAUCACGAGCAAGUACCAGAAGAAGCUCUACCACGAGCUGAUGAAGACGUUUGACGCGCUGCCGCUGGCAGCGCUGGUGAGGACUGGCGGACACUCGCUGCUGGCAGUCCAUGGCGGCAUCUCCCCGCAGGUGGUCAAGCUCCGGCACAUCGAAGGCAUCUCGCGGUUCCGCGAGCCGCCUAAAAGCGGGCCGCUCAAGGACACGCUCUGGGCCGACCCGUACCGCGACCUUGCGGCGUCGGACGACGACCAGGCCGAGUCGUGGGACCUCACCGCGCUUUCGUCGGCGCGGCGCAAGGCGCCAGGCGGGUAUCGGCAGUCGUACUUCCACUCGUCGUCGCGCGGCAAGAACGUGCACGACUUUGGCAAGCCGGCUGUCGACGCCUUUCUGCGCAUCAACUCGGUGACCGGCAUUGUCCGCGCCCACCAGCAGAAGAAACACGGGUUCGAGGCCUCGGCGGCUGGGCCCGACUUUGACUUUCCGGCAGUGACAACGGUCUUCUCGGCGCCCAACUACACCGACACCUCGCUCAACGACGGCGCAGUUGUGCUCGCGGCUCGCGGCAAGAUCCGCAUCAAGCGGUUCAAGUGGCGCCUUCACCCGCACUACAACCAUUUUCUGCCCAAGCUCACGCCUGCGGAGCGGCGGGCGGGGUACACCAAGAACGGGCCGAAUGGCUCGCGCGACCUCGACCGCGAGGACUUUGUCCAGUUCCUCAACUGGAUCAAUCCGUCGGCACUCCGCAAGCUCACCAUCCUGGUGCUGGAAAAGGAGUUCCGCGAGGCCUUUCUCACCGACCAGGUCGACCGAACCUCGGGCCGGUCGCGGGUCAAGCAGGCCUGGCUCCGGCUCCGUGCCUCGCUCGUCGACAUCAUGCGACUCUCUUCGUCGGCGGCUGUCCAGGCGCGGAUCAAGUCCAAGACCCGUGCUAUUGUCCAGUGGUACGACGGCAUCAACAUCUUCAAGCAGGCUGUCGAGGACGAACAAGACUUUGAGCAGGACUUUGACGACGAUGCCGAGGCCGACGACGUCGACGCGGGUGUCGUGUCGUCGUCAUCUGACGACGUCGACGUCUCGUCGCUCAUGCGGCUGCUCGACGACGAUCUCGAAGAUGGCAAGGACGUCAAUCAUGUGUCCGACAACGGCUCAGACUCGGACGACGACGAGCUGUUGAGCAACGCGUUCCUGCGGGCACUGCGGCGAACGCGCGGCGCCGACGGCGGUGGCAAGGGGAAGCGGGGCAAAAGCAAGAGCAAGAGCAAGAGCAAAAGCAAGCGCAAGCGCAAGUCGCAGCACGGAUAAACGACCAACAGGCUGG